GAAAAAAAUUAAUGAAAAUAUCAAUACCAAAAUAUUGUUUACUGCUUCAAAGCUCCACUUUAAUAUCCUCUAUCAAUAGCUAAGUUGUUUAAAUGAAGAUAAAAAAUACAUAUGUACAUGCAUCGCUAGUGAAGAUGCUUAAAAUUCUUAUUUUCUAGUUCCUAGAGGUUCUUUGUAGUCUGCUAUGCUAUGUUUUUCGCAACGUUAUGCAAGACUGCUGUUAUUUAUAUUACAUGAUAUGUUUAUAUGAGUUUUCUCUAAGUGAUAUACAUGGAGCAAGAAAAGGUUGGACAUUUUGUGUAACACUUAGUACCUAAAGCCGAAAAUGUUAAGUGAGUUGAAUGAAGUGACAGACCAUCUGUUUAUUGGGAGUGCAAAGAAUGUUAGCGAGAACUCGCUCAAUCAAAAGGGCAUCACAUGCAUCAUAAACUGUAGUAUGGUUUCUCCAAGUUACCCUGUUGAUAAGUUCAAGUACAUUCCUAUUAUGGUUGAAGAUAAUGACAGGCAAAAUAUAGCGAAAUACUUAGAUGAAGUUGCAGACAUUAUUCGCGAGGAGCUACGAGCUGGUGGAAAAACUCUAGUCUAUUGUUUUGCUGGUAUCAGUCGCUCAGCCACAUUUUGUAUAGCCUACCUGAUGAAGCACCAGGCAAUGAGCCUGCGCAGUGCAUUCCAGCACUUGCGGUCCCGCAGGCGCAUCAUCCGCCCCAACAACGGUUUUUUCCAGCAACUGAUUGAGUACGAGCGCCGACUGUUCGGUGCCACCACUGUCGAAAUGGUGCCAGUGCCAAACGCCGAUACCGCCGACUGCACGGUGCCGGACGUCUUUUACGAGGUCUGCAAGGGGAUCGUUUGGCUCAGAAGUUGCCGGAAAUCCCUGGGGAAGUGAUGUGGCACAUCCUCCCACCUCCUUUUGUUUUUUGUUAUGUAUUAUUAUUUAUUUAAUAAAAAUUUUUUCUAGUC